AUGCGUGUACAUGAAGAACGUGAAGAAGAUGAAAAUACACCAGUAAAUACAAGUGCUGUGAUUCCUAGGGCAGAGAUAGUAACCACUGGGCCUAUUGUGACAAGACAAAAACAAAUGGUCUUGUCCAAUAGAUUUGGAACUGUGUCAGAACAUCAAAUCAAUGAAUUUCAUGAAGCGAUUGUUCGGAUGAUUGCAGAGGAUCUACAACCAUUGUCGAUUGUAGAAAACUCAGGAUUUCGUCGUAUGAUAAAGCUCUUAGAUUCUAGAUAUGAAAUACCCAGCAGAAAAACCCUCGGUAGGACAAUUAUACAUCAAAUAAUGGAGAAGGUAAAAGGAAAUGUGCAAAUUUUAUUAAAUGCAGCAAGUCAUAUUGCAAUUACGACAGAUAUUUGGACUUCUAUGAAUACCGACUUUGUUGACACAAAUUUAAGAGAGCUAAGUACUGUUGUUCUGUGUACCAAAAAGUUGGAAUCUAAUCAUACAGGUGCUUAUCUUUCCCAAGUAAUGACUGAAGAACUGAUGGAGUGGAAUAUUUUAAAUAAAGUAGUUGCAAUUGUAACGGACGAUGCUGCGAAUAUCAAAUUAGCCGUAAGGUUAAUGGACAUUCCUCAGAUUCCAUGUACAGCUCACAAGUUAAAUUUAAUUGUGCAGCAGUCACUAGAAAUGUCAGAGGUGGAUGAAGCUGAUAGAGAUGAAACAGGAGGAUUAAAAAAUAUUUUGAAGAAAUGUCGCAACAUUGUAGCUUUCUUCAAACGAAGUGAAGUUGGUAAUAGGAUAUUAGUAGAAAAACAGAAACAGCUGGGUAUAAAUAAAGUAUUAAAAGUACAAGCUCCAAUUUUCCUUGACCACGAUGAAUGGAAUAUAGUUGAUAACAUAAUACCUUUGUUGGGACCCUUUAAUUGUUUAAAGGUAGAGCUUUCUGCAGAGCAAUACUCAGCAAUUUCCAAAGUGAUACCAUUGAUAAGCGGUUUACAAGGUUCGUUGGUUACAAAAAUGCCAAGAACGCUAAUUGGACAAGCUUUAAAAACAAAUUUAAUUGGCAAUAUAACAAAACGUUUUGAUGAUUUUGAAAAACAAACAAUAACACUGAGUUUUUCAAGAGCUACCCUGUUAGAUCCAAGGUUCAAAAAAAUUGCACUUGGAAUAGAUGAAAAUGCUAAUGAGGCUGAAAAGUUUGUAAUUUCAGAAAUAGCUGAUCUAUUAGAUACACCAAAUGCUGUUAAUGAACAAGCAGUUGUUAAUGAAGCAAUUCAAGAACAAGUGAAUAAUGUUUGGGAAUUCCUACAAUCUAAGGUUACUAGUAUACAAUCCCAAAGUACGGUAACAAGCAGUGCUACUGCCUUGAUGAGGCAAUACUUAAAUAUUCCCCAUCAAGACUUAAAAUCAAAUAUUUUUACAUACUGGAAUCAACACAAGUCUGUGUUAUAUCCACUUAGUAACAUUGCUGAAAAAUAUGCAAUUAUUCCAGCAACAUCAGUACCAUCUGAACGAUUUUUUUCAAAGGCUGGUCAGAUUUUAUGUGCACGACGCAACAGAUUAUUACCAGACAAUUUGGAUACCUUAAUUUUUUUAAGUAAAAACAUGUAA